GGGGCAGUGAUUGCCGGCGGCCCGCGUCAGUCCGGGCCGGGGCUCUGGCGGCGGGGCGCUCCGCCGGCGCUCUCAGGUGGGGCCUCGGCCAGGAUGCCCCGCGGGGACUCGGAGCAGGUGCGCUACUGCGCGCGCAUCUCCUACCUCUGGCUCAAGUUCUCGCUCAUCAUCUACUCCACGGUGUUUUGGCUGAUUGGUGCCCUGGUCCUGUCAGUGGGGAUCUACGCAGAGGUUGAACGGCAGAAGUACAAAACCCUGGAAAGUGCCUUCCUGGCCCCGGCCAUCCUCCUCACCCUCCUGGGGGUUGUCAUGUUCAUCGUCUCCUUCAUUGGUGUGCUGGCCUCCCUCCGGGACAACCUGUGCCUUCUUCAAGCGUUUAUGUACAUUCUUGGGAUCUGCCUCAUAAUGGAGCUGAUUGGUGGCGUGGUGGCCUUGAUCUUCAGGAACCAGACCAUUGACUUUCUGAAUGACAACAUCCGAAGAGGAAUUGAGAACUACUAUGACGAUCUAGACUUCAAAAACAUCAUGGACUUUGUUCAGAAGCAGUUCAAGUGUUGUGGUGGGGAAGACUACAGAGAUUGGAACAAAAAUCAGUACCACGACUGCACUGCCCCCGGGCCGCUGGCCUGCGGGGUGCCCUACACCUGCUGCAUCAGUAACAAGACAGAUGUCAUCAAUACCAUGUGUGGCUACAAAACCAUCGAUAAGGAGCGCCUCAGCGUGCAGAACAUCAUCUACGUCCGGGGCUGCACCAACGCCGUGAUCAUCUGGUUCAUGGACAACUACACCAUCAUGGCGGGGCUCCUGCUGGGCAUUCUGCUCCCCCAGUUCUUGGGGGUGCUGCUGACGCUCCUGUAUAUCACCCGAGUGGAGGACAUCAUCAUGGAACACUCUGUCACUGAUGGGCUCCUGGGCCCUGGCACCUACCCCAGUGUGGAGGCGGUGGGCACAGGGUGCUGUUUGUGUUACCCGAAUUAGGGCCUUGCCCAGGACCAUGGCUCCAAUAGGGACAGUGCUGGGUGGCAGUGUUCACUCCACUCAGGCUGGACAGGGCUGCACUGUGGCCCCUCUGCCCAUUUGGCACUGGCUGAGGCCCAGGCCAUGUGUACCUGUGCGUGGCAUCCUGUGGCUCAACAGCCGUGGGCUUGGGAUCUUGUACCCACAUUGCAGGCCCCCACUGUAGGGCUUGGUUGUGGGGUGAACGGGAGCUGAGUGCUUGGCUCUGGCCCAUUUUAUUUCUGAUAGUGCCUUGGCCAGUGGUCCUUAUGCCCCACUGGAGGGUGGCUUUGCACUCAUUUGUGAGCGGGAAGAGAAGAGUGACUCCGUGGGGCUGGAGGGACAGUGCAGCCCUGGCCUGCCCCCUGGCCACACCCCAGGAACCUGGGUGGGCCAUUUCUCUUGUGCCUUGAGCCCCCUGCCAGGGCUGCUGCUUGGCUGACCCAUUUUCUAUGUGAUUUUUGUAACAUUUGCAUUUUGUACACAGUUAAAGCAGUUUCCGGCUACUCAAAGCCAGACUCUUCCCACACACCCUCUACUCCACCAGUCAGUCCUUUAAUCGAACAAUAAAGACAUGAGUUUUUCUUUCUG